AUGACCGCCAGCCCUUUCCUUUCUCAACAUGCCUGCAGCGAUGCAUCUCGCUGUGCUGAUGUCCCUGUUUGCAGUGACAGUCUGUACGAAUAAUUCCUCUACGACUACACAGGUGACAGAGAUAACCACAAGUGCUAAACACCUCACCAGUGUGGUUUGGAAAAAUGAUACCAAUUCAUCAAGAGUGAAAACCUCUGACAUCACACACACGCAACCACCAACAACUCACCAAAUUUCCACUGAAGUUACUUCAGAUAAAGUGUCAUCAACACCUCCACCCUCCACUUCCCUACAAACAUCAAACGGGACUGCGGUAACACAUCCCAGCCCCCUUCCUCAGACGACAACCACCAACCAGACGUCCAACGAGACAGUUUCCCACAGAUCAACAGUCCCAGCAGCCUCUGCAUCACCAAACGUCACUGCAACCACCACCGUAAACGCAACCAGCCAAGCUCUUCCACAUGAGUGGGAAAAAGGCGACUUGGUGGAAAAUCCCGGCCUCGUGGCCGUCAUCUGCAUCUUCUGCAUCGUUCUCGUCCUUGUGCUGGUGGUGGCCAUGGUGAAAUGUACCCAAUCACGGAGGUCCAACUUCGAGAGGCUUGAAGAUGUGCCGAUGGGCAAAAUGAAUGAAGAGUCUCCGUUUGCUCACUACUCAAAGUGACAGAGGGGACUUCAUGAGUCCAGGAGGAGUCCAGUCGGCUGCACAACUCUGACCCUUGUGGAUAAAAAACCAGCAGUGACUCCAACGUCAAACACAGGAGAAGAAAAGUUCUUGUUUCCCCUUUCAGAUUCUUACUUCUUCAUUUAGCACCUCUAUCGUCCCUUUUCAGUGACAGUGGGAUAUUUCUGCCUCUGCUUUGACCUUUGACCUGCUUAGUUGGCUGCUUGUAAUUUUGCUGAUUAAGGCUCUAAAGCUCAAUCAACUUUUGCACUAACUUGUCCUCUAAAGUUUCUUUUGAGCCUGAUGCUUAAAAGGUAAAAAUAUAAAUGUCACGUUUCCCAAAUCGACCAGAUGUCCUGAAUGUCCUCAUAAGCACUUUAAAAUUCAUGAUUGCACUCAAACAAGUGAUAUUACUGACAAGAGUAUAGUAUGUAUAUAUGUAAUGGAUGUAUAGUAAGCAUACUUGCAGAUCUGUAUGUAAAAUUAAUGUUAUCUGUUGCACAAAGAAACAACUUUAAUCGGAAAGUACAAGUAUAUGUGGAAUAUGACGUAUUAAUAACGUCUUCCUUGGCAACACAAGCUGGAUUUGCUAAAUUAAAAAACUAAAGAAACACAUCAAGAAGCAAAUAGAAGGAAUGUACUGUAAAAAAACGAAGUCUAUAGACUGAACUCUUGAAAAUGAAAAAAACCUGUCUUUAUUUUAAGUUCAUAAUCAAUAUGAUUGAAGUUUUGAUGAGCAGAUAGUUGGACAGGCUGGCUCUUCUUCCACUGCUUGUUGCCGGCUCGAGACUUCAACAGAUUUAGUUCUACAAACAGUUUUCAGAGGCA